AUGAACAAGAUCCAGAAGAGCCCAGGCGGAGCAGUGUUCUACAGACCAGCCAAAGAUGUGACAGAAAUCAGAUCUGGUUAUCUGUUCAAGUCUCCUCCCUCGAAACGGUUGAAGGCAGAGAAAUCAUGGAAGAAGAGAUAUUUUGUACUGUUCAAAGUCAGUGAGCAAGAACAUCAACUCAAGUACUUCAGGGAUCAUGAGGAAAUGGACAGGCCACUUGGAGGGAUAGACUUAUCACAAAUCUCACUGCUGUAUGUGAGCCCUCAGAACCACCAGAGAUGGAGUUGGAUCCAGAAGAGCUUCAAGUGCUCACCGUCCUGUGUGCUCUACAUUAGGGCUGCUGACCGGGACUACUUCCUCGUCGGGGAGAGCAGCGAGUACGUGGACGGCUGGUUCUCUGAGAUUUAUAACGCCCUGAUAAACAGGCCACAUAAAUUCGUCAGUCCAGAGGUUAUUUCAAACCCUCUGUUACGGAAAAAGAGUUCUGCAAUAGGGACUGACAAGGUAGCCUUUGGGCCAAUGAUGAAAACACGGUCCAAGUCUGAUCCAUUCCCAAACGCUUUGGACAUCAUCACUGAAAAAGAAAAGGUCAGGGAAAAUGGUGAGACAGCUAGCUGGAGCAGUAUGGACUCAGUAUAUGAAACAAUGACAGAGCUUAAACAGGAUGAACAGCUGGCCCACGCAGCGGAUUGUGAAGUCGAAGCGGUUAAUACUGGGACUCUGUUGAGAUCUGUCACUCAGGUCUUUGACAAGCUGAAGACCCAGAUCUCUCCACUGCCCACAUGCGAUGAGGACACAGGCGCUGAAGACAGAGAAGAAACACGUCUUUCAGACUUCAGCAGCAGCUCCAGUGAAACCGGUGCCAUCUCUCCUGUGGAGAUGUUGGAAAGACCAAACGUGAAGACACUGCAAAAACAAGGCUCUACUGAGAGCCUUGACCCCAUCAGCCCAGAGGAGAGAGACAUUGAGGUGAAGCAGGCAGACUUGAAAAAACACCUGACACUAACAGAAGUGGACGGGAAACCAAGUGUGUCUGGAUGGACAGGUCAGCUACAUCUGUUCCACAAAGGAGACCAAAUUCUGGCAAUUAACGACUUGCACACUGUCAGUGCGGAGGAGUUUAACAUGUAUGUCAGCAAAUCACUCAAGAAUGAGGUGAGAGUGACCAUCCUGCGUCUACCUGGAUGCCUGCCUCUGCAUUCAUCCAGCUGUCUCUGCAGUGACUGA